AUGUCGGUCCCGUAUCUCCUGAGCAGCCAGGCUGGCCACAUCCCUGCCUCGCAGAAGAUUCCUGUUAUUGCGAAACCAUUUGUCAGCGAGAAGGCCGAAAAGGCAUUGGAUCUAGUCGAGAGAUUUGUCGAGGAAGAAUGCAUACCUGCCGAAGCGAUUUUCUCGCAGCAGCUUGGCCAAGGCACAGCCAAUCGGUUCAACGCACACCCACCAGUCAUUGAAGAUCUGAAAAGAAAGGCCAAGGCACUGGGGUUAUGGAACAUGUUCCUACCCAAGAACCACUUCAAAGAAAGCGCGGGCUUCAGCAAUCUCGAGUACGGCUUAAUGGCCGAAUACUUGGGCAAGAGUUUCAUCGCCAGCGAAGCAACAAACUGUGCUGCUCCUGACACGGGUAACAUGGAAGUUCUUGCGAAAUACGGCACCAAAGAACAGAAGGCUCAGUGGCUAGGUCCCCUGCUAGAUGGCAACAUUCGAUCCGCCUUCCUCAUGACGGAACCUCAAGUUGCUAGCAGCGAUGCUCUCAACAUCGAAUUCAGCAUGAAACAAGAUGGCGAUUAUUGGAUUUUAGAUGGUCAGAAAUGGUGGUCUAGUGGUGCUGGCGAUAAUCGAUGUAAGCUGUAUAUAGUCAUGGGGAAAUCGGAUCCGAACAACCCCCAUACCUAUAAGAAACAUUCCGUCAUCCUUGUGCCGGCAAAUACUCCCGGCGUCACCGUCAAGCGUGUCCUCUCAGUCAUCGGCUUUGACCAUGCGCCACAUGGUCACGCGCAUAUUAUAUUCAACAAUGUUCGCGUCCACAAAGAUAACCUGAUACUCGGCCAGGGGAGGGGAUUCGAAGUCGUCCAGGGUCGUCUGGGACCAGGGCGAAUCCAUCAUGCUAUGAGGACUGUGGGCGUUGCUGAAAGAGCCCUUGAGUACUUCAUUGCCCGCUCAAAUGAUCCUUCUAGGCGCCCAUUCGGUAAAAACCUCAGUGAGCAUGGCGUCAUGCUAGAAAGAAUUGCCAAAUCGCGUAUCGAAAUCGACUCGGCCCGUCUCGCUGUCCUCAAUGCCGCAAUCAAAAUUGACCAAGGCAACGCCAAGGACGCCCUCAAAGAGAUUGCCGAGGUCAAGAUUCAAGUUCCGAGCAUGGCCCUGGAGGUCCUUGAUCGCGCAAUGCAGGCGCAUGGAGGAGCCGGCGUGUCCCAAGACACGCCGUUGGCUAGUAUGUGGGCUGAUGCUCGGACAAUGAGGAUCGUUGAUGGCCCGGACGAGGUACAUAUGAUUCAGUUGGGGCGCAAUGAGAGCAAGCGAGGUCUAAACCUGUUAAAGAAAAUCGAUUCACAGAAGCACAAAACUUCAGAGUUGCGCAAGUAUUACGGCCUGGAUGAAAGGGACACUCUGGAACUCAACAGGACAAGUGGAACUGCGAAAUUGUAA